CUAAAUUUGCCAAACAGAGUGGGCCCGGUACAGCCAUGUUCUCUCGCGCUGGUAAAACUACUAUUAACCAGUACAUGAGUUUCUCUGACGGAUCUAAAACUCUUGAUGACAGUAGGAUAGCUCUUAAUGAUUCUUUUGAGGAGGAGCUUGCCAAUAGAGAAUAUGAGGAUAAUUAUGACCAGGUGUUUGGUAAUAAGCUCAAGCGAGUGGAAAAGAAGUUUGACAUCAAUAAAUUCACUCCUAUCUAUCAGAAGAGUGAAAAACAAAAUUCCAAGAAAGAAUCACUAAGCAUGGUGUUUAAAUCUACAACUACGAGAGAAGCUGCAGGGAAGAUCUAUAAGUUAGCCCCUUCUAUUCAGAGGAUUGGAGGAGCAAAUCGAGAAGAUCCUAAAAACAUCCCUUCUUUGUAUCACUAUAAUCCUUGCUAUAAAGCAGUCGAUAGUCGCGUUAAGGGAGAUGUCAAGUUUAAACGCAGCUUAAAGAAAAAUAAGAUCUUACAAAAGAGAAAGGAAUUUCUUCAGAAUUAUACAGUUGAAUUGAAGAAGAAAUUGGCCAUAAAGGAGACCCGAAUGAGCUAUGUGAACAGCUUGUUAACCAAAUUUAAGAAGUGCAAGAAGAACUAUGUUGAGACUACCCAGAAAUCUCGGCCUAAGGAAAAGCUUGGCAAAGGGCAUUCCUUGAUUAGUGAGAGUAGUGAUGGAGAAACUUUGAAAGCUCAAAGCCUAGCAAAAAUUAAUAUUAAUAGUACUUCGGCCAUUAAGACGGAAGGGAAAGGAGAUUCUGAGAUCCAAAGAAUGAAAUCACUUUCUCAUUUUACUUCAAAUCAUUCAACUGCUCCUGAGAGUCAUCAAAAGCCUGUUCGAAGAGUUAAUAUGAGCAAAAAAUCAAGGAUAAAUGAAGAUAUAGUCAAAUGGUGAUUUAGAAAAGCUAAUUUUUCUUUUGAUUCUGAGUUAAGCCCUUACGACCUCAAAAUGAAGCUGUUUAAUUCUCCUGAGGAAAGUACAAUUAUGAAAGAAAGGUGCAAAAGUGUCACUCCUUUUGAUAAGCAGCAAGAUCGACCACCUUUAAAAGCAGAGAUAAAUUGAAAUGAGAAAAGAUUUGAAGUUAAUUCAUCAAACAUUCACGCUUUAUCAAAUAGUAGGAAAUCAGCUUCUCCUGAUUUUAAAAAAUGUACGAGAAGAAAAGAACUUUUUGAUACCCCUUUCUACCUCAAUACUUAUGAUGCUAACUAUGAGUAUCCAAAGUCUUCUCUAGGGAAGGUUCCUGAUUUCAAGAGAUAUAUUUCAAGACCUCCACAAGAGAAAGAAAUAAUUUAUCAGGAGUACUAUAAACCUCUGGAAAAGAUCUACGCAUCUAUGAAAAGAAAGGACCGCACAGUUGCUUUCAGAAAUCAGAGAUCUAGGGACGAUCUUCUCUACAGGCACGAAACAGUGGCUCGGCAAGCUAGAAAGAACAUCUUAGACAGUGCUUCCCUUAUGGCUAAAAAGAUAAAUUUCUAACUCAUAUUAUUCAAUACCUAACAUGACAAUCGGGGUUUUGG